GAGGUCCCCUUUUGGUUACUAUUGCGCAUGACACGCAUUAAGUAGUGUUUAUCUUUAUAAAGUCAAGAAUAAUUUAGGAGGAUUAUUUUAUGUAAUUUUCAGCUAUUUUAGGAUUAAAUUUUAAUAAAAAUGGUGAACUGUUGUACUGUUUUAAAUUGUUUGAGUGGGAAAAAAAAGAGCGAAAGAAAAAUAAUGACUCCAAUCUUCGACAGACUUCUCUAUUUCAAAUUCCACAAGAUGUCGAUAAAUUGCGCAAAUAGAGCUUAGCAUUUGCGAGUUACGUUUUUCGGACGAUGACAUAAUUAAAAAAGAUAUGCUACCAAUAUUUAAUCAAGAUACUUAUAUUUCAAAUCGAAAGAAAUAUACUUUAAAGCCGAAUGCCAUUCCGAGAGUUGAUAGAAUUCCAAAUGUCGUGGAAGCUGCUUAUUUGCAAAUAGAUUCUGAUAAUGUACUUCCGGCCGCUAGAUCUCCCGAAGUUGAAACUUCUAAUAGUACUCCGGAUCUUAAUGAAAUAAGUUGUUUCUUGAGUUAUCAAAAUAAAUUUUUUUUCUUAGACUGAAGCGAAUUAUACAUUUCUUUUAUAUUUUAUUUAAUAGCAGUCUGAAAAUACUCAACAUGAAAAUUUAAGUCUAAGAGAAACAAAUUUUAACAGUGAUAGAUUAUUGGAAGCUUUGAAAACUAAUAUGUUGCCCCAAAAAUGGAGCUGGGCUAGUGAUGUAACGGAUAAUCAAAAAAUAUUUUUGUUUUAUGCUGAUCCCAAAUCUUUAUCAUUAAAAUUUCACGUUAAGAUAGAUGAAGCAUUAAAUAUUAUGGUGACUAACUUAAAAACCAAUAAGUCGACGGCAGUAACAUUUACUCUUUUAAAUAAAGAAGAUUUUUGGGAUUUAUUAAAAGAACUAGAAACUAUUAAUUUUUGUGAUGGCACAGGAUUCGAUAGCAACAGGUGUUCAGUAAGUUGUAAAAAUUUGUUGACAAAUGAAAAUCAACGAUAUUAUCAUGGUAUCACCCGAUGUCAACCUUGCCGAACUCUUCGGCGUCAACUCCAAAACCGUGAUAAUAAAAGUACCCAAAAUUUAAAACUGCAAUGUAAUAAGCUCAAACGUCAAUUAAUUUCCCAGAAGAGGAAGACUACGCUUACAGCGAAGGAUAAAUAAUGAACUAUCGAAAUUGAUUGAUGAUCAAAAAAUGAAAUGUGCUGCUGUUGAGGCUGAGACUCUAGAAAAGGCCAUCGCUGAUCUACCUGAAAUCCAACAAAAAGCUGUUCGAGCAUGUUUCGAUGCAGCUAAAGUAAAAAAUUCCAAACAGAGGAGAUACGAUAUUGAGUGGGUACACUUCUUAUUGACGAAGUAGCGUUGAGUGAAGGAAUCAAGUUAAACACAAGAACAAUGAAGAUAGAUGGAUUCGUUGAUUUGGGAGAUUAUACGCCAGGAAAAUUUUCAAAUACAAGAGCAGAUCAUGCUCUCGUAUUUAUGUAUCAGCCAUUUCAAGGUGAUUGGGUACAAGUGGUUGGAAGUUUUCUCAGCAAAAGUUCUGUUACUAGUGAAAUAUUGUCUAAACUGAUAAUAGAAUGUAUAGUAUUAAUUGAAAAAGCUGGGUUUCAUGUGGAUUGUGUUACGACCGACGCAGCCCAAUGGAAUCGGGGUGCAUGGAAGUUAUUUGGUAUAGAAGAUAGAAAAUUUAUCUGUAAGCAUCCUUAUGAUACUGAGAGACGACUAUGGUUUGCUUCUGAUUUUUGCCACUUGCUGAAAAACUUCAGAAAUGGAAUAAUUAAACUCCCUUCUUUCUGGACUCCGGAUGGUAUUAUCAAAAUGCUUCAUUGGGAAGCACUUUUGAAGCUUGAGGCAUAUCCCUCGCGGACCUGGAAUCACUGUAAAAUCACAGUGAAAUCACAGUGAGAUUAUAGUAAAAACAUUGUGAGACCAUGAUGAAAUUACAGUGAAAUCACCGUGAUUUUGUGCCAUUCGGUCACUGUAGUUUUAUGGUUAUCUCACAGUGAUUCAAUAGUGGUUUCACAGUGAUCUUAUUAUGUUAUCACAGUCGAUUCAUAGUUACCUCACAGUGGUAUUGCAGUGAUUUUAGUGUGGUACCACAGCCAAUUCACAGUGAAUUUCCAAUGAACUUACAGUAAAUUCACUGUGAAUUUACUGUAAGUUUACUGGAAAUUCACUGUGGAAAAAAAAUACAAAAAAAUUAUUAAAACCUACCAUCAUUUUUUUUCAAAUAAAAAAAAAACAAAAAUUUUCAAUGACUACCAUUUUUUAUUUUUUUUGUCAUUCUAUAAUAUCAAACUUUGAAGCUUUUUGCAAUUUUUUCCAUUAAACUUAUUUCUCAAAAUACAUCUUGAAAAUUUUUAAGUGUUCAGAGAACUUUGAAAUAAAAAAAAAGAAUACAAACAAAAUUUAAAAAUGGCCAUCAUGACACAAAUAUUCAGUUUAUUUAAAAAAAGUACAUAAAAAAGUUGAAGAAUGUUUGAACAACAUUUUUUUUGCUAUUCUAAAAUCACCAUAAAACUAUAGGCAAAUCACCAUUAAUUUGCUGUAGAAUCAUGGGGAAAUCACCAUUAAUUUACUGCGAAAUCAUGGUGAAAUCGUCAUUAAUUCACUGCGAAAAUCAUGGUGAAAACACUAUUGAUUUACUGUGAAAUCACCAUUACUUUACUGUGAAAUCAUUGUGAAAUCAGCAUUAAUUUACUGUGAAAUCAUGAUGAAAUCACUACUAAAUCACAAUGACAAAAUGGCACAAAAUCACUGUGAAUUCACUAUAAAAUCACCGUAAAUACACCGUCAAAUUACGGUGAAAGUGAAUUCACUGUGAUUUCACAGUGAUUCUAAGUCCGCGAGGGAUGGUAAAAUGAACUUGAAAAUAGGUUUCAAAUUAUCACCUCAUCAUUUAAAGCCUGAAGGCUUUCAAAAAAUGAAUGUCUUGCUCGCUACGCAGUUAUUUUCACGUCAAUUAAGAGUAGCUAUGUCAAUGUAUAAAGAUGAAUGUUAUGAGCUGCACGACUGUGAACCUACAAUAUCUUUUAUGGAAAAAGUAGAUAAUGUAAUCACAGCUAUGAACUCUCAAACCCCAGAAAACGCUUUACGUCCAGACACUAACUAUUCAAUGAGAAAGGUAUUUCAAUGAGUAUUAAAAUAACAUAUUGAUUACAUAAUUUCAGUCUUUUGACAUCAAUAUUCUAAGGCUUCAGCCAAUAAAACGAUACCGCAGUUAAUUAAGUGCUAUUGUUGACUUUGAUCAAUAUCUCCGCGAUUGGGAGAAAAAAGCUAAAGAGGAGAUAACAAAACAAAAAGCAGAAAAAAAAAGAAGAAGGCAAAUAAAGCUGAUGAUUUCGAUAAUUUUGAGGAGGAUUUUGAGUUUUUAAUCACAACCAGUACUUUAACUGGCUUUAAAGUAACUCUCGGAACUACUUUGGAAUUACUUGAAUUUUUACAUGAUAAGUGUAAUUAUGAUUACCUCAUGACAUCGCGAUUGAAUCAAGAUGCUUUGGAAAAAUUCUUCGGAAUUAUGCGGUCAGCUUGUGGAUGUAACGACCACCCGGAUCCAAUACUUUUUGGCCAAGUUUUCCGUCUUCUCUGCAGCUAUUCUCUAGCAACACCACCGAGGGGUUCCAACGUCACCGGUGGGGAAUUACUAAAAUCAUUAAUGCACACUAAAGAAUCAUUAACUGCAUCUAGUCAAAAUAAAAAAAUUUGGCUCGAUAAAAUUGAUUCUAUUGUUAAAACAGGAAUAGCAAAUGAGAACCCAAGAUUUUUUAAUAAUAAUGAUGGUGAACGUUUACCUUUUGAGCAUUGGGUCGAUGAAACUAGUGAUGAAAGUGAUGACAAUGAAACUACUGAUGUCUGUGAUUUUAAUAAAAGAAAUGUGAACUCUACUCAUAGAGAAAAUAACUGUGAUGAUAAUAAUAAUAAUUUAAGUGAUGUUGAAAAAUCUAACUAUUGUGAUGCUGAUACUAAUAAUGAUAGUAAUAGUGCUUGUUAUGUUUCUACUAAUAAUAAUAAUAAUGAUAAUGGUGAUAAUAGUUCGGCUAAUGCUAAUGAUAAUUAUAACGAUAAGUCGCCGGAGACACCCUUAGUUAAUAAUACCUCUGACAAUGGAGAUAGGUCUAAUAUUUCAAAUGAUGAUUACGUUCAUUUGGAUCAUGGUUAUGACAUAACGCAUACUAGUGAUCAUGUCGUUUCAUACAUUGCAGGAUUCAUGGCCAGAAAAGUUUCUCGUUUUACGAAGUGUUUAGACUGUAAAGAAAUGUUAACUGCUUCAUUUCCAACGGAACGUGACAAAUUAAUUGAAAAAAUGAGCGAUGGAAAUUUAAUUUAUCCAAGUGAGGCUUUAUUUUUACUCAUAAGACAAUUAGAAAUUCAAGUAUUAAUAGUUGUUGCAACAAAAAAUUUUACAUCGGAUGCAAUGUUUUAAAUUCUUGAAAAAGUUUCACAACUUGAUGAUUUACCAAUUCUUGGAUGUGAAAAACACCGCAAAGAAUUUAUGAUUAAUAUUAUAAAUAAUUUUAUUGUGAUGAGAGGCCAUUUUUUGACCGAUUCUUUCAAUCGCAAUGUAAACAAUCGUCAAAUAAUGACUGAACGUAUGCGCAAAUUUGCGAAAAAAUAAUAUUUGUCCCUAACUCUGUACUUAUCUUUAAUUAAACUUAAUUGUUGCUUGUUUCGAUGUCCCUAUUAAUAAUUUUUACAUAAAUAAUAAUGAAUAUUUGUUUAUAUUUAUAACAAUAAAUAUUUUUCUAUUUAAAA